AAUUAGCCCCCUCCCUCCCUUCUUUCCCUCCUCUCUCUCUCUCUCUCUCUCCUCUCUCCUCUCUCCCCCUCUCUCAAAAACCCCAGUUCACCGAAACAGAGUCCAACCUAGAAACAGAGCAUUCAGUGAGCGAAAGUAGAAGAGAUAUGGGCAAGUACAUGAGGAAAGCUAAAAUCACAGGGGACGUGGCCGUGAUGGAGAUACUCUCGCCACAGUCCCAGCCCUCCCUCGGCGUUCGAACCAGAGCCAAGACCCACGCUCUACAAUCCCUCCAAUCAAACACGCCGCCGCCGAGAAACCCCGAGCCGGCUUACCUUCAACUGAGGAACCGGCGGCUCGAAAAGAUUCUUGUCAACGACGCCAAGAAACAACAGCCGCAGCCGCAGAAUAACGGCUCCGGACUAAACCCUAACCCUAGUUUGAGUCCAAACCCUGAUAUGGGUUCUUCAAUUAGGUGCUUGGAGAGUGAGGAGGGGUUUAUUAUUUCUGAUUUUACGAAAAGGGCAUGCAACGAAAUUGAAGCAGAAGACCUAAAUGAUUUGGAUUUUGAGGCUUCGUAUGGAGAGAACUACCUGGAUUUUGAAACCAGAGAGAGGAGUACCAGGGAAAGCACACCUUGUAGCUUGAUCAGGGCAUCGGACACCAUCGGGACCCCUGGUUCCACGACAAGACGAACCCCUAGUUCAACGGCAACUAAUCGAAGAAUUCAAAAUGCCAUGCAAAGAAACAUCCCAACAACACUUGAGAUGGAAGAGUUCUUUGCCCUUGCAGAACAGCAGCAACAGAGGUUUUUUGCUGAGAAGUAUAACUUUGAUGUCGUGAACGAUUUGCCCCUCCCCGGACGUUACGAAUGGGUGAGAGUGAACAACUAAGCACCACUUGGAUCCUCUUGACGAGGGUUUUGAAGUUUAUUACGUAGAUGUAGUAGGGCUGGUCCAAUGUAUAAAAAGAAACCGGAGGGAGUUACGGAAAAUGUGUAAUCGAAUGAUCUGUAACCAUAACAGAGCUGACGAAUUACACACUAACCUAGUGGGAAGAAAAUGACAUGUAGUCUUAGAGUAGUUUUAGGUUUCUUGAUGCUUCUUGAUCUUGUAACAUGGUAGGUGAAUAUAUCAAAUCUUCGUUCCCAUGAGCUAUGAAUGCGGUCGUUUUAGGUUCUUGACGCUUGUUGAUCUUUGUAACAUGAUAUUUCAAAUUAUCAGAUCCAUGAUGGAGUAUGAAUGCUCUCUAGUGGUAAAUGACAGUGGUUUUCAGUUUCAA